AACAUUCCCAGCACGCCAGCAAACACGCCCACGCCCACGCCAAUGGCAACGGCCACCCCUAUUCCAACGAUCAAUGCCUCGCUGCUGGACAGCUUCUCCCUGUUCGAUGAUGCAGCCUCAGGCUCCAAGGCUGCCAGCACACCUCUGCACCCCUUGCUAGCGGCAUCCUCAUCCACGUCAACAGCGUCCACAAUUCCCACCGUCACCAGCACCAAGUCCACCACCUCAAAUAACCAACACUUGUCGCGUUCCAACACACCGCUGCAGACGCAAGUCACAACAGGAUUGGGAAUCGGAGAAUUAGCAACGACAGGAAGCCUGGGCCUGGAAGCGAGUCUUUUUGAUGCCUUUGGCGGCGGCAAAAGAAACGUCAAUACGAAAACACCAACGCCAGGCCUCAUCACGGGACCCACAGACUUUAAGGAUGAUCCGUUCAAGAACUACCGCUAUGAAGAUACGUUCAGCAUCAAAGAUCCCUUUGCCGACGAUGAUCAGGUGGAGGAUGUUGGUACCAAGGCCGAGGCCCAUAAAAAUAACUUUGCGGAGGACUUUAGCUCAGAGGAUGAGAUGGGAACCGGCGCCGUCAAGACCCUCAACAACAUGAAAAGAAUAAACAUCAAUAACAACAUGACACCGAGAGCCGUAACACCCUUGAACAACGAUAUCAUGCAGCAGUUUGAUGCAUUCAAUCUGAACGCGAGUCCGGCCCCAUCCUCGCACCACUCGAAUGCCUCACAGAACCACAAAAAGUCCCAGACGGCGCUGGAUGCGUUUGCGGACUUUGAUGACUUUGGAUCGGACACAGCUGGAACUACAGCCACAACAACAACAACAACGACGACAACCACUAAGAAACUCAACGAUUCCUUCUUCGAUGCAUUUAAUGACAACUUGAAGCUUAACGACAACACAACCGCAGCCACAGGAACAAUGCCGACAUCGGUAACAAAAGCUUUGGCCAGCGAACAAAUCAGUACGAGCAGGACGUCAUUCGAUGCCUUUGCCGUUAGUAGCGACGCCUUCAAUGACAGCUUCGAGGACAGCUUUGGUGGAAGCAAGCCGACUAAUUCCACCCAACUGGACAACAAUUUUGCCAAAUUCGAGGCCUUCGAUGUCCAUAACUUCUCGAGUGACUUUGGCAAGGGUUUCCCGGAGGGCAAGCAGAAUGGCGGGGCCAAGAAGGAACAAACUAAGGAUAGGUACGCGGCGGACUACUCAAAGCCGGAGAGCUUUGACGCUGACCUGGAAGAGGCGCUCAAGCGCAGUAUGCUGGACAAUUAACAACUGAGAAGGCGAGCGCGAAACGAAACAGACGUGUGUGAUCGAACAAUUUGACAUCUCCAAUUAAGUGCAUAUAAUGUUCUAUACGACACCAUUUAAUUACUAUUAUUUAUGAUCGUUUGAUUUAGGCUUCGAACCUUCGAGCUUCGAGCACUUUUUCUGUACCUCUUCUGGGCUCAAGGAUUUGCUUGAUUUGAAUUUUGAAUCGCACGUCUGCCGUGUAGGAUGAGAAACGUUGGUAUUACUGCAUAUCUAUAAGUACGUUCACAUAUUCGUCUAUAUAAAUUUAUAAAAUUACCAGUAAUCAUAUACUUGUAGACCCUAAAAACAUUAUACCAAAAGUCUAUGAAUAAUAAACGAAUGAAACGACAUCAUCA